AUGGCGACGGCGGGCGCAAAGAAUGCCGCAAAGUCGGCUCUGAACAAGGCCACUCAGCUCAACAAAUACACCGUCCAGCCCGCCGGCAUCUGGAACACCGUCCACAGAUGGCUCGCCAUUGAUCCCGGCCGCUCUUCCGGUAUCCCUCUCAAUCCUCAGUUCCGUAAUCCUCCCCCGGGCGGCAACGACCCCAAAGAAUACGACGACCCCGUCACCGUGCCCGCAGGCGACAUCGCCGAGAACCCUUACUGGAAGCGCGACACGCGGAGAUCAUACCCCAAGCUGUCGGUCGUGACACAGCCAGACGUGGUGGGAUUGUUGACGGUGGGCUCGGCCGCGGCGCCGAGGGAUGAUGUGUUGAAGCUGGGAGACGCGGGCAAGACGCAGCUCGUGGAGGUCAAGGAGGAGGGACAGCGAGGAUUGAGCACAUACUUUCAGAAGAAUACUGGCCUGGCCAAGGGGGUGCUUGGACCGGAUGGACUGCCGCCUUUGCCUACGACGAGGCAUCCUACGGGCAAGAGGUAUCAGUUGAACGAUGAGAAGGAGCAGACUUACGGUGGAGAAUACCCAUGCCGGACGUUCAUAUAG